AUGUCGCCCCACGACGAGAAGACGACCUUUGGCGUCACCAUCACCCGUCCGCUGACGCCCGAGUCGCUGCAUCAGCCGCCUGCCGACGCCAACGUGCCCGCCGCCGCCGUGCCCGCCCUCAGGAGCCCGCCGUCGACCGACAGCCACCUCUCUGCCGGCGCCGCGCUGGCCUCGCCCACGUACCGCACCAAUGAUCCCUUCAGCCCCUUCUACCAGCACCCGGAGAGCCGCUCGCACCUCGAAGUCGACCGCAGCAAGAACGACCUCGAGUCCGGCCUGCUCAACGUCGGCGUCCCCAAUGGCGUCCCGCUGUCGGCCGCGACGACGCAGACGCAGCCCAAGGUCAGCAUGGACGGCCGCGUCAAGGAGUGCACCGUCUGGCCGACCAAGCAGACGCUGCAGCACAAGGCGCGGGCCGCCAAGGCACAGCGCCGGACCUGCCAGUGCUGGGGCCGCCUGACCAAGAAGCAGAAGAUCAUGGUCGAGGUGCUAAUCGGCCUGACCGUCGUCGCGCUUGCCGUCGGCCUGAGCGUGGGCAUCUCGCGAGCUGUUGGUGGCGGCGUCUGGGCCGGCACCGGGCAGAGCACCACCAUUCCUAAGGACGGUUCCUGA